AGGUGGUUUAUAUAGUGACAAGUGCAUCUCUGCCUCAGAGACAACGGUUACGGAGACAACACGGCGAGGACAGGAGAGCCACUUCAACAUUGAAAGUUAUAAAAUACAAGCUCACACUACGGAUUGUCUCUGAGAAUUCCUUUGCAUCAUAUUGUGGCUCCUGCUGUGAUCAGAGUCUCCAUGUCAUCUCCGUGCCUCAGCAGCAUCUUGACUCAUGCCAACCUCACCAUGUAUCACACUGGUAUCGCCGAUGUCGUGCCGCAGCAGCCCAGUUUGCUGCCCAGCAUCAACAGCAUGCAGAUCAGCAAUUCAACAUUCAACAGUGCAGGUCAGUGGUACAGGCAUAUCAACCCCGACUGCUGGACAGCCAACAACGUUCUGGAGUGGAUCAGCGACCACGUAGAAAGCACCAAGUUCGACGCAAACACCCUGAGUUUGGCCUACUGCGCCAUGGACGGCCCGACUCUCUGCCAGAUGAACCGGGAAGAAAUCAUCACGGUCUUCGGCCCACAGCUCGGGCCACACCUCUACCAGAGUCUGGAGGAACACAAAACCAAAAAUGAGUUGCAGAACAUGUUAGGACCAGAGCUGAGGGAGACCUGCCAGCUCCUGGACAACUUCCUGGACAACUUAACAUACCCUUUGCUCAGCAGCAUUCGAUUUGGCCAAGCUGAAGGAGUUGUCAACAAGAAAGAGUUUGCCUACAGAGAUGAUAAUCAUUUCACUUGUCCAUCCAUGGAACCAGAGACACCUCUGGCAGUCACUGAGUACCUGUCUGACAGCGAGUACAGCUCCUCCUCAAACAGCGGCAUGUUUGACUCCUCAAGCCCGGACUCACAGGAGUCUGGCGUUGGAGAAUCGGACCCAGAAUACUCGUACUCUCCUGUUUCAAUUCAAAUCAAAACAGAAAAAGGAGACACUUGCCUGAAGCGACCACGUGGGCGACCGCCCAAAAUCAGCAGAGAGCAUUCCAGCAUCUACGACAAUCCCAGAAAAAACAAACACGCGCCCCGAGGAACUCACUUAUGGGAAUUCAUCAGAGAUAUUCUGAUCCACCCUGAGAGGAACCAGGGCCUGAUGAAGUGGGAGGACCGCCGUGAGGGUGUCUUUAAAUUCCUCAAAUCCGAGGCCGUGGCACAAAUGUGGGGCCAGAAGAAAAAGAACAGCAGCAUGACGUAUGAGAAACUCAGCCGUGCCAUGAGGUACUACUAUAAGAGGGAGAUCCUGGAGCGAGUCGACGGCCGGAGGCUCGUUUACAAAUUUGGAAAGAACUCCAGCGGAUGGAAGAUGGAGGAGAUUGUCGUAUCCACAUGAGGCGUCCACGACCAACGCGUUUAUCAAAGCAGUUGUACAGGAACCAGAAGGAAUUGUGCGGUUUGUGUGAAAAGAAAAAACUUUCUACCCAUGAUGUUUAAGACACUUACUUCCUCUAAGAAGGAAGGUGUUGCAUAAAAUGUAAGCCAGUGUUUUUGGCUCUAGUAGGUUUUAUGAACCAAUAUUAAUGUUGUGUUUUUGUUUGUCGACUGUGUGUGCAGUAACGAGAAGUGGACGUCACUUUGAAUGCAUGAGAGAUUCUCUAAGCAACUACAAACCAAAUGUUUUACAGUCACAAAGAAGUAACCGUGCUGGUUGUGUAUAACUUUCUUCAGCGUUGCAUGUACACUUCAUCCAGUCAGUCACCGUAGAAGUUUUUGGGACAUAUGAGCUGUAGUGCUGGAAAUGUCGCUUGUCUUACCGUCCUAUAUUGCUGUUGUUAUUCUAAGAGGGUGGAACUUUCAACACUGUUAAUUUAAAAUCAGUGGUAGAUGUAGAGACUCAUUAGUAAAACUAUUCUUCUGGUUAAUUUUAUGUUAUGGACAAACAGAACAGAGAGAGCAGUUGUUGAAUAUCCAAUACUACUUCACGUUAAUACAGUAACAAUGUGUACAUUAUAAAAAGCCAUUUCUGAGUAAUUAUUUUGCAGUUUUAACACUGUUUAUUAAACUUAUAUAAAAUCAGC